GUGUGCGUGUGCGUGUGCGUGCGCGUGUGUGUGUGUGUUUCCCGAGGACACCCAUUCACGACUUGUCCAUGUGUUGUUUUAACACAGACAUCAGUGCAACCCUCUCCCCUGUCUGUCCGCUUCCAUCACACAUCUUCGUGUGGAACAUAUCAGAAUAAUACAUGUGUUGUUAGGUGUGGAGAGGCGAGGGGACGAAGAAGGCAGCCGCCACCAGCUCCAGGCCGCUUCCUCCCUCCUCGCCCUCCGUCUAUGGGAGGGACCAAGUGCACGUCGCGCACCGGGAGCGCACGGACUCCGCUCGCCAACGCUGCCCGGAGGACGAUGGCGGAUCACCCGUAGCCUGCCGGCGGACGGUCGGCUUCUCUCUGGGGCGCGCCGAGGCACCUGGCACUUGCGAAGACUGUGCGAUGGCCAGUCCAGUGGAGGUGAUCGAGCCACAGGCUCAGAGCUCGACUGCACAAAACCUUGGCACAAGGCGCUUCUCGCACGACAUCCUCAGUCUGAGUCCAGAUGAGUUAGAUGGCCUCAUGUCCAGCAGCGAGGGCCGUCCUUUCCUAGUGGUGCAUCGUCUUCCGGAGGUAAAGGAGGCGGGUAUACCUUACCUCAUGCCCGGUAUUCCUAUUACAUGCAAAGUGGACAACACAGAGAAAUACACUACUCGCUCAAAGGUCCAUGUAGGCACCCUGUACACUGUGCGGCUCACACAUGGUCAUUUCCACUGGACAGUGAAGAGGAAAUACAAACAAUUCCAGGAGCUGCAUCGGGACCUUUACAAACACAGGAUGAUGAUUCAACUGCUGCCUCUGGGAAGAUUUGCAAAGGAGAGGCAGCAGAUGAGAGCCAUGUCGGAGGAAAUGCCCAGCCUGCACGGGACUGAGCGAACCAGAAGGACCUCCAGCAAAAUGAAAUAUCUUGAGGAGUACCUGAAUGGUUUGCUGGAGAACAGAUUCUGUAGGAACGAUAACAGCAUGCUGGAAUUCCUCUCCGUCGGUGCUCUCUCCUUCAUCACUGAUCUUGGACCCAAAGGCUUGGAGGGGCCCAUCUCCAAGAGGUCAGGGGGUCACCGGAUCCAAGGCCUGAACUGCAUUGGCCAUCAUCAGUUCUGUUUCCGCUGGUCCCGCCGGUGGCUGGUGGUGAAAGACUCUUUUCUUAUGUACAUGAAUCGGGACAAUUGCUACAUCAACUUUGUGCUGCUGUUUGACCCUGAGUUCCAGGUGAAAGUAGGCCGCGCCUACACAGACACUAGAUACGGAGUCUGCAUCGAAAACUUCAAUCGGAAUCUGAUCAUCAAAUGCAGCAGUUAUAGACAAGCCCACUGGUGGAGCCACGAAAUCAACCGGCUGGCAGGAUCCAGCGACUUUCUCAAAGUGCAGCGCUUUGAGGGCUUCGCUCCACCACGCGAGGGCUCACUCACCAAAUGGUAUGUGAAUGGAAGUGGCUACUUUGCAGACCUGGCUGAUGCUCUCGAACAAGCCAAGGAGGAAAUCUUCAUCACAGAUUGGUGGCUCAGCCCUGAAGUGUUCCUGAAGAGACCAGCGACUGAUAACUACUGGCGCCUGGACAAGAUACUGAAACGCAAAGCAGAACAGGGAGUCAAAGUGUGCGUUCUGCUGUACAAAGAGGUGGAGCUAGCACUCGGCAUCAAUAGUGAGCACAGCAAGAGGACUCUUAUGAAUAUGCACCCAAACAUCAAGGUGAUGCGACACCCUGACCAUGUGUCGUCUGUGGUGUUCCUAUGGGCUCACCAUGAAAAGAUGGUGGCCAUUGACCAAACAGUGGCCUUUGUCGGGGGGCUGGACCUGGCGUUUGGGAGGUGGGAUGACAGCAAUUACCGGCUUACUGACCUGGGUUUGACCGAGAUGUCGAUCGGUGUAACUGAGGAGGAGCCGAAGGGAAAUGCAGGAGACAAUGACGAGGUUGAUGGUCCACAACCAUCUGAACCAGACGAUCAAGCAGAGCAGGUCCCUGACAGUCUGAUUGGCAACAUUAAACUGUGGCUCGGCAAAGACUACAGUAACUUUAUCAAGAAAGACUGGGUCCAGUUGGACAAACCGUUUGAAGAUAACAUCGACCGUACUGAAAUUCCUCGCAUGCCAUGGCGUGAUCUGUCUGCAGUUAUGCAUGGCAGAGCUGCCAGGGAUGUUGCCCGCCACUUCAUCCAGCGCUGGAACUUCACCAAGAUCUUCAAAAACAAGUACAAGGACAACUUCUACCCUUACCUUCUUCCCAAGGCUCAGUGUACUGCUGACUCACUCUCGUUCACUGUGCCUGGGUCCAAGAAAGCCAGAGUGCAGGUGUUGCGCUCCGUCGAUCGAUGGUCAACUGGAAUCUGUGAGAACUCCAUUCUAAACGCCUACAUCCACACAAUCGAGAACAGCGAGCACUACAUCUACAUCGAGAACCAGUUCUUCAUCAGCUGUGCCGACGGGAAGACCAUCCAUAACGGGAUCGGUGAUGCAAUUGUGAACCGAAUCCUGCGUGCACACAGAGAACAGAAGAAGUACAGAGUGUUUGUGGUGAUUCCUCUGUUUCCUGGGUUCGAGGGAGACAUCAGAGCAGGCGGUGGAAAUGCCAUCCAGGCCAUUCUGCACUUCACUUACAGGACCAUUUGCCGAGGGGAACACUCAAUUCUGUCGAGGCUUAGUGAAGUUGAAGACAAGUGGACAGAGUACAUCACAGUCUGUGGCCUAAGAACACAUUCCAAGCUCUCCCAGUCGCUUGUCACAGAGCUCAUCUAUGUUCACAGCAAGACCCUCAUUGCUGACGACCGCUGCUAUAUCAUUGGAUCAGCCAACAUCAACGACCGCAGCAUGCUGGGCAGCAGAGACAGUGAGUUGGCAGUGAUUGUGGAAGAUGAAGAGAGGGUCUCGUCCAUCAUGGGAGGGGAAGAGUAUCAAGCAGGACCCCUCACACUUGCUCUGCGCAAAGAGUGUUUCAGUGUUCUUGUUGGAGCUUCUUCAGACCCCAGCAUCAUUAUUGAUGAUCCAAUCAGUGACGAUUUCUUCUUCUCGGUGUGGAACGCUUCCGCUAAACUAAAUGCCACCAUUUAUGAGAAGGUCUUCAAAUGCCUGCCUCAAAAUGGUGUCCACAACAUGCGAGACCUGAAGGAGUACUCCAAUAUGGAGCGCCUCUGCGACACAGACCCUGAACAGGCUACAGAGGAGCUGAAGGCUGUACGAGGACUGCUGGUCCACUUCCCCCUGAAGUACCAGUGCGAGGAGAACCUGCUGCCUCCACUGGCAACUAAAGAGGGCAUGGCUCCUUUAGGGCUGUGGACAUAAUCAUGACUCAGCCCAGGUCAGAUCCCUGCAUCAACAGCUACAGGGCUGCUGUACCACACCCUCCUUCUCGCCUAUUGUUCAGUAAAAUACACUAAAGUAGUUACAGCACUGGCACUUCACUUGUGAGGAAAGGACCUUAAGACAAUGGAUUUUCUGUUAAUCAUUCAUGUUUUUUUAUAUUGUGUCUUUGACUGACAAUGAGCGAGUCUGAACAUAACCACUAAAAUUUCGUUUUUGAUGAUGAUUGAUAGUCUUUUGGAACAUUAAUUUACCUGUACUGGCCAGUGUGUUCAUGGUUGCAGUGUCUGCCUCGUAACUUCCACAAUGCAAUCUGAACUGCAGGGCUGGCAAUGAUGCAAAACACACACAAAUGAAUGUAUGAGUCAGACGAGGAUUGCAAGGUUGUACUGGAAAUCAAGCAUCUCACAUGAUCUGGGAACAUAGUGUACACUUAUUGGUGCAAGGCUUUUGGGUGGGUGGGUGGCUCUCUCUCUCUCUCUCUCUCGCUCUCUCUCUCUCCCUCUCACUCUCACUCUCUCUCUCUCUCGCACACGCUCUCCCUCUGAGGCUUCACCUCUCUCUCUGCAGUGCCAGCAAAUCUGUCAGAACAUUUGUGGUUGUUAUGGUGACGGAUAUAAAGAGAUGACUGGAUUGGAGCUGAAAUAAAGACUGGAUAGGGCACAAAAGGGAGAGCACUGAUAUAAGCGAUAGCUUGCUAAAUCAAGAUGGUGUACAGGAAAAUAGAAAGUAAUAUGUGAAAGAAAAGGACAAGAUAAUCGAAGAGCAAAUUAUUAUUUCACCAUAUUGUCAGCAGUCCAGAACCGAUUACAUUAUCAACUUAGACACAUAUAGUUUGACCGUUGCGUUUCCAUGUGAGCUCUACGAUGUUGUGCCCAGGUGCCAUACAGUGUCUUACAUGUCUCUCCUAUAUUAUAUUGCUGACAUUACACAACUGUUUAUGUGCAUUACAUUUACCAUAACACUGUAACCGAGUAGUGACAUAAUGUAGCUAUCAUUCAUGAUGCAAUAUCCUUGGUUGAGCAGCACCAGGUUCUAAAAAAAAAUAUCAUGUUAGUUAUUCUCUUGAGACCUAUUAAUUUCUUUUACUGAGUCACAAGGAAUUCAAUGAAAACUUCUUUGCAAUCUGGAAAUGUCCUGCACUGGACAAAAAUGUAGCCUUGAAGGUAAAUAUAUACAGGCAUAUUGGAAAAAUCAUAUAAUAAUGCAACAUAACAUGCAGUAGAGGAGUUCAUCAUGUAGAAAAAAACAAUUUAGUUUAAUUUUUAUGCAGUACCAAAAAGUAAUGGAGGAUAAAAAAAUGAAUUUCCAGUGUAAUGAUGUUUGUAGGUUUCUUACAUGGUGCUCAAACCGUUCAAGUUUGAUCAUUUUUUGAAUUUUGAGAGAAUAACUAGACAAGAGGCAGGCAACAGGUAAAUCUUAUGAAUGGGAAUGUAUGUUACAUUUUUUUUUUUUUAACUUGUUGCCGUCAAAACCUGUCCCAACAAAAGUGAUGGAUUGAUGUGCAUGACAUUAACACAUUCCAGUUGUUAAACAAAAUAAAUGUAAACCUUUUUAAACUAUGUCAGAGAUAUUGACAUGUAUAGAUUGCUUCAUAAACAUUCGAGACAUGCCCACGUGUCUCCGCUACACUACCAGGUGGUGGUUUCAGUGUACACCUGUCUGUGACUGAACACCUCAUGAAGCAUCUUUCACAGAAUAGCCAGUAAAACCAUCUAUGUUUUGGGAUGGUGUGUUGCUCGCUUCAUAACUAUUCAACCUCUCCUUUGGAAGAAAUUUAAAGGCCACUAAUGAAUCCUUGUACUCCAGAACCCACUUUAUUUUCUAUUCUCUUAUAAAGCACACAAUUUUUGCUUUCAUUGUAUUCUUUGUUUAAAGAUUUCACUGAAAGGUCUGUGAUAUACAGUACUUAGAAGUGACCUAAAACCAUUUUUGUAUCAUGAAUUGUACUUUUAUUUGACUUACUUAUAGAAGCUUAUUUUUUACUCAUAAGUAUAAUCCCUAACAUUCACCAUGUGAAAACCAUAAUAUAUGCAUAUCUGUAGAUUACCUUGGAGUUACUAAUGUAUAGGUUACUAACCCUAAGGGUAGGAGAGAUAAUGAAUAUUCUUGCCCAGUCGCUUGAGUACUGACCAAGUAUGACCAACUUGUAGAAUAGUGUAUGUUACUUUUACUGUUCCUCAAUAAACCUUUUUUUUCAUGGAACUUCAAA